UGUACACAACAUGGCUGCGCCUACACAAGAGAGAGAGAGAGAGAGAGAGAGAGAGAGGUUUAUUUAAUGGUUGAUUGAAUUGGAUCUCCGUUCUUUCAGAUCUCCAUUUCAGGGAUGCUAAAUCUCACAUUUUCUUAAGUUUAUUGAAAUCUUUCUUUUCUAAGCAACAAUGUGGUCUCCCUCUCUUUGACUUCAAUUUCACACAACCCUUCUUCUUCCUCCUCUUCACCUUCCUCUCUUUCUUUCCAGGUUCUUUUAUUAAUGGAGUUACCAUAUCAUGUUACUAUCUCAACUUUAUUAUAGCUUCACCGAAAUUUUGUGAAAACUUUCCUUUAACCCGCUAGAUCCCUCAAUGGAUCCGACUUCUAGCCGAAUAAGAUCCGACCCGCGCCGUCAAUUUUUGUUGGUUUAGCUUUUCGCGACGUUCUGAUUACGGCGGCGCCGAUGAAACGAUCCGUUAGGCCUCUCUUCAGUGCUCUCCUCUUCGGCUUCCUCGCCGCCACACUCAUCUGCAGAGUGGCGAUUCGCCGGAGAAGCUUCUCCUUCAGCUCCGCCAUAGCCGAGCUCGGUACCUCCGGUCUCAUGACGGAAGAGCUUGUAUUCAACGAGACGUUGCUCGAAUUCGCCGCCAUUGAUCCCGGCGAACCCAAAUUCAAGCAGGAGGUCGAUUUGAUCUCCGAUUACGACAACACUCGGAGAAGCCACCGCCGCUAUUUCAGCUCAAUGUCGAGGCCGAUCGAUGGCCGCCAUGGAAACCGAGACAUUCCUUCCAAAUAUCCGGUAACGCUUCGCUCCCCUCAGGUUUAUCGUUACUGGUCCGACUUCAAGAGAAACUUGCGGCUCUGGGCUCGUAGAAAAGCUUACGAACCUCAAGUCAUGUUGGAUUUGAUUAGACUAGUUAAAAAUCCGAUUGAUUCUCACAACAAUGGUGUUGUUUCCAUUUCUAGUAAAAGAUACUCAUCUUGUGCUGUGGUUGGGAAUAGCGGCACAUUGCUAAAUACCCAAUACGGAGAUCUCAUAGAUAAACACGAGAUCGUGAUUCGCCUCAACAAUGCGAAAACGCAGAGGUUCGAGAAGAAGGUGGGAUCGAAAACGAGCAUAUCUUUCAUAAACAGUAACAUUUUGCAUCAGUGUGCAAGAAGGGAAAGUUGCCAUUGCCAUCCUUAUGGCGAAACAGUGCCUAUCGUCAUGUACAUUUGCCAGCCGAUUCACGUUUUGGAUUACACUGUUUGCAAACCCUCUCACAAGGCUCCUCUGGUUAUCACGGAUCCGAGAUUCGAUGUCCUGUGUGCUAGAAUCGUCAAGUAUUACUCGGUCAAGAACUUCUUGGAAGAAAAGAAAGUGGAAGGGUUUCAGGAUUGGAGUAAAAGUCAUGAAGGCUCGUUGUUUCACUACUCGUCGGGUAUGCAGGCAGUGAUGCUUGCGGUGGGAGUUUGUGAGAAAGUUAGCAUUUUCGGGUUUGGGAAGUUGAAUUCAACCAAACACCAUUACCAUACUAAUCAGAAAGCAGAGCUCAAGCUUCAUGACUAUGAAGCGGAAUAUAAAUUGUAUCGUGACCUGGAAAACAAUCCCAGGGCCAUUCCAUUCUUGCCCAAAGCAUUCAAGAUCCCUUUGGUAAAAGUUUACCAUUGAAUAUACCACCAUCUCAAAAGAGUUUUGUCAGAAAGUUUGUGUUCAAGCAAAGAAGCUUGUUGGCAAGAGUUUACGCUUUCAUUUUGUCUAAGUCUCAAAGAUUUUGCUUGAGAUUGGGCAGUGGAGACGAAGGAUGUUGUCAACACUUUCCCAGUGAUAAGAGUGCUCUUUACAGUUUA